AUGAAGUCCCUGGCCCUGCUUUUCCUGCUCUCUGUGGGCGCAGCCAGCACAGCUGUCUCACCCUGGGCCUUGUGGGAGUUUCGCAGGAUGAUCAAAUGCACUAUCCCGGACAGCUAUCCUCUGCUGGAAUUUGCUGACUACGGCUGCUACUGCGGCUUGGGAGGCAGUGGGACACCAGUGGAUGAGCUUGACAGGUGCUGUCAAGUACAUGAUGGCUGCUACUCACAGGCAAAGAAACUACCAUCAUGCAGAUAUCUUCUGGACAACCCCUACACAGAGGGGUACAAGUUCAGCUGCUCCAGUGGGCAGAUUACGUGUAACAGCAAGAACAACGAGUGCGACAUGUUCAUCUGCAACUGCGACCGCACCGCUGCCAUGUGCUUCGCCAAGGCGCCCUACAAUCCCAAGUACAAGAGGCUAGACACCAAGAAAUACUGCAACUAG